CCCACUGCCUCGUGGGACCAGGUCUCCGUGGGCACCUCCCCCCGAGAUUGCGAGCCUUUUUAAAAAGGCCCACUUCCUCCUCGUUCCGACCGGACCACUCGACCUCUCUCAACCGUCGGCAUUUUACAGCUCUGACCUCACCCUCUCCGGCGAGGCCACUUCCUUUCCCGCCCGCGGCCGGCCCGCAUGGCCUCCACAGGCGACGGCCUCGCCGGUCCGCCCCCGCCUCGCCCGCCUCCGUCUCCGUCGCGGCCACCUGCCGAGACCCCGACCCCGACCCCGACCCACGCGGCGGCGAUCUCGUCGCCGCUGCUGGAGCCUGCCGCGCCGGGCGCGGACGCGCCGCCGCUCUCGCGGUGGCUGCGGCGGCUCGAGGCGUUCCUGUCGGCGGCGGGUCUGGCGGCGUCGACGCCGCUGGGCGUGGCCGCGGCGGCCUCCGCGCUCGCCGUCGUGGGCCUGGCGCUUCCCGCCGCGGCCGUCACGCUCUCCCCGUGCCGCGCACGCAGCCGCCGCCGCCGCCGCGGCCGAGGCGGGUGCGACGACUUCGAGGUCGAGGUGUUCGAGGUCUGCGUCCUGCUCUCGCAGGCCGCCGCGGCCGCCGUCGCGCUCGCCUGCGUCUCCCGGAAGAUGGCCAUGUAUGGGCUCCGCAAGUUCCUCUUCGUCGACCCGGACCUCGGCAUGAGGAUCCGAUUCCAGAAGGAGUACGUCGCCAAGAUCAAGGACUUCUUCCGCACUCUUACAUGGUGGAUAGUGCCGUGCUUUGUUGUGAAGGUCACCCGGGAAUUCUUCCGCUUCUCCCACAUCUUGCAGGAAUCAAUUUGGAGAGCCUGCGUUGUAUUUUUCGCUUCCAUCAUGUCAUGGAUGUACUUGACGACGAUCAUAUUGUCGUCCUGCAUGCUCUUCAACUUGGUCUGCAAUCUGCAAGUUAUCCACUUUGAUGACUAUGGCAAGCUUCUGGAGCAAGACGCGGAUCCUAUGGUCUAUUUGAAAGAGCACCUGCAGCUCCGCCACAAUCUCUCCAAAAUCAGUCACAGGUUCCGCAUGUUCCUCUUGCUGCUCUUCCUUUCUGUUACAGCAAGCCAGUUUGCCAUUCUUUUCAAGACGACAGCUUACAGCGGGCCAAUCAAUUUCACCAAUGGAGGUGACAUUGCUGUGUCUUCAGUCGUUCAAGUUGUCGGUCUCGUCCUCUGUUUGCAUGCUGCUGCUAAGAUCUCCCACAGAGCUCAAAACAUCGCUUCAUUGGCUAGUCGAUGGCAUGCGUUAGCAACAUGCUCUACUGAUUCUACUUAUGUGAACACCCCAAACAGUUCUGGGAACCUUGUGCCCUUUCCUGCGCAUCUGUUUCUGAGAGAUUUAUCGGAAAGUGAUCUGGAGUCCCUGGACAGUGCGUCGCUUCAUGGCAGUUCUCAUGGCACUGCUCAGUUGGCUUCCUACAUGUCUUCAUACCACAAGAGGGAAUCACUUGUGCUGUACCUGCUGGCCAACCCAGGCGGCAUCACGAUAUUUGGCUGGAUCGUCGACCGAGCAUUCCUAAACACCAUCCUGAUGCUCGAGUUAACUCUUGUGCUCUUCGUGCUUAGCAAGACGGUCGUGAUCCCAGCCAAGACACUGGUACACAGCUACAUCGGGUUCCCGUGAUUACUACACCGUUGCGAAUCUGCGUUGUACAGAUUGAAGCAUUCAGGUUCAAGUUCAGUUAGGAGAUGGGAUUUGAUGACAGGUUACCGAGGUUUGCACGUCAGAGUGAGAGAAACCAGUAAGAAUGGUGGCAGAUUUGGUCUUGCUCCAGAAAGCGCAAAUCAUAUGCGCUCCCAAUCCAGGCAUUCUAGACUUUCAAAAAAAAAUCCAGGCAUUCAGCGUGCUGCAGGCUGAAUGAAGGCUGGAUGAAGGUUAGGGUCGUGACGUGUACAGUUUUGGGCGGGUAAGUGAUCCGGGGGCUUCCAUUCUUUUUGCCGUGUAUAUUAUAAUAUAAUACGCAAUGUAUACGUACUAAUAUACUAUAAACCAAUAUGAUAUAAGAAGUAUAUUUUCUACCA